AUGUCUUCUAAUGAUUUACAACCAAGUAAAAAAAUUCGAUUAAAUCCAGGAGAAACUGAACCCAUAGAUAAGAAGGGAAAUAUAGUUCAUCUCACCAACUUUGAUAUUAAUCAUGCUAAUGAUUAUAAUAAUAUCAAGGAAGAAAAAUCAAAAAAGACUAAUCAAGAGGAAGUAAUAUCGAUUGAACAAAUUUAUCAAAAUAUGGCAAAUUUACUUGAUCAAGAGACAACAGAUUUAGUCAAAGACUUAAUUAAUAAUGGUGAAAAAGAGAAGAGCAAGGAAGAGUAUGGAGAUACUAAUAAUGGUGGUAGUAGCAAAAGUGCAAGCGAAAGUGGAAACAAAGGCGGAAGGAAUAAAGAUGACGAUAAUAAAAAUUCAUUAUUUGUAAUGACAAAGCCAAUAACAGAUAAAGAAACUAGAACAACUAUUCAUCAUUUUUUUAAAAGGCAUUUUGGCAAUAAACUUAAUACUGAAACAAAGGAGGAAGGAAUGAUUAAGAUUAAUACAAGAAAUAAUAGAAAAGAAGAAGCAGCGAUUUGGGACAAAUUAGGGGGAUCUUAUUGUCAAUUUGUAUUAUAUAAAGAAAACAGAGAUACAAUGGAAGCUGUGAAUAAUUUAUGUAAAGCUUUAAAAGUUCCAUCAAAAGUAUUUUCAUAUGCUGGUACUAAAGAUCAACGCGCGAUUACUACUCAGAAAGUUACAGCAUCCAAAAUGAAAAUCGAGAGAUUGGCUGGACUGAACCAUACGCUUAAAGGAAUGAAAUUGGGAAAUUUCGAGUAUAUUAAAGAUCCAUUAAAACUUGGUGAUCUUAAUGGAAAUCACUUUGCUAUCAUUUUAAGAGAUGUUAAAGUCGAUUCUGUAGAAACCAUUAAAAGAUCAAUAAAAACUUUAGAAGAAAAAGGAUUUAUCAAUUAUUAUGGAAUGCAAAGGUUUGGUACUUCAUCAAUAGGUACACAUGAAAUUGGUAGAGCGUUAUUACAAAAUAAUUGGGAAGAAGCUGUUGAUUUAUUAUUAAGACCACGUAUAGGAGAGCGACCAGACAUAGCAAGAGCUAGGCAACAUUGGCAGGAAAAUAAAGAUGCAAAACAUGCAUUAGAAUUAUUUCCUAGAAGAUGUAUUGCCGAAUAUCAAAUUUUAUCAUCAUUUGUAAAGACUGGACAUAAUAAAGAUUGUUAUGGAGCUUUUAUGACCAUACCAAGGAAUCUUCGUCUUAUGUAUUUACAUUCUUAUCAAUCAUAUAUUUGGAAUACAAUUGUUUCCGAGAGAAUACGCGUUUAUGGGUGUGAUAGCCCAGUUGUUGGAGAUUUAAUAAUUGUCGAUAAAGAUUUAAUAAAUAAUGAUAAUGAUGACGAGGUCGCCAGUGUUAGCGGUGUCGGUGGUGAUGAUGGAAAAGAUGAGAAGGAAGAUGAUGACUUUAUGACAAAUUCCGAUGAUCUAAAGGAAAUAAAAGUGAAAAUUUUAAAAAAAGAAGAUUUGUCAAAUUAUACUAUCAAUGAUGUAGUAUUGCCUUUACCAGGUUACUCUGUUAUUUAUCCUGAUAAUAUAAUAUUUGAUAAAUAUAAAGAAUUGAUGUAUAGAGAUAAAUUGGAUCCUCAUUGUUCAUUAUCUGGAUCCUAUCGUCAAAUAAUUGGGAAACCAAAUGAUUUAUCAUGGAAAUUGUUUAAAUAUGAUGAGGUGAAUGUUUCAUUAUCAUUAACUGAUUUGGACAUAAUAAACGGAAAAGUAGAACCUGAAAAUGGAAAAUAUGUUGCACUUCGUAUAAAUUUUUCGUUAUCAACGAGUAAAUAUGCAACAAUGACAUUAAGAGAGUUGAUGAAAUCAACAGAUGAAUAUGAUAAUGAGGAGAAGAAAGAAAUUAGCUGA